AUGCUCUUCUCUUCUAUCCUUCUCUUCCGUCUUCUUCCUGUGUUUCGUCUUAGCCUUGCCGACACAUCCUUUUCCCCUUGCCCUAUUCCCUCUCCGAUUUGAGGAGCUUCGGUGUUCGUUGAUGGGGAAAUGGGCGACACGCCCGUGCCGUCUUCUGGAUUUGGUCAUACGCUUUGUUUCCCCGGUGGAAAAUGGAAGAUGAGAUUUUUGAAAUAUUUGGAGGUGUUCUAAGUGGCUCUUCGUAAAUUAUAACGAGAAUGUGGGGGCUUCUGUUUGGAUUAGGGCCGUGACGGAUAAGGGAAAAGGAAACUUCUAUAUUGAUUGUGUUUAUCAUGGAUAGACAAAUAUCAGUAGAUAGAGAUGUUUUGGUGGAUUUGGAAAGUGGCAUGAAUACGAUGAUAAACCAACAAGAGGAAGCAAGAGAUGUGGGCUGCGGCGCAGGGCAGGGGAGAAGAGUGUUGGAUAAGGAAUGGAGUGGCUUUCUGGGCAUUGAUGGAUUCAUGAAACAUGAAGAAGCUGUGAAAUUGGAAAAUGGUAUGCCUGGUUGUGCUGAGCUUCCUAUCAGGAAUGCAGAAGCUUCAGUGGACAAGAGGGAUGGAGGAGAGGAAUGGGUGAGGCUUCUGGAGGAGAAGGUGGGAGCGGAGAAAAUGAAAAAGAAAGGCUGCAAAAAGCAUCCGAAACCACCCCGGCCUCCCAGGUCUCCAUCGUUGGAUGCUGCUGAUCAGAAGCUGAUAAGGGAGAUUUCUGAGCUUUCCAUGAUGAAGCGGGCAAGGAUUGAGCAGAUGAAAAAGAAGAUGAGGAACACAAAGUCGACAUCUUCUACAGGCAACUUCUUUGCCUUGAUUGUUACCAUUCUUUUCUGCCUUGUUAUAAUCUGGCAAGAAAAGGAAUGUUUCAAGUAACCCUCUGCUAGGUAUAAGAAAGUCUUGUUAAUUCUGCUUGAUGCUAGUUCAUACAAAUCAAGAUGCUUGCAGAUGUUGCUAGUACACCCAAUAUUGAUGCUGCCAUAAUCAAAGUCAAAAACCUCACCAGAAUAGCAUGCCUUAUCUGAGAACAGUAAUAAGAAACAGCUGAUCAUCUUGUUCCUUUUUCUUUAAAAGUUUAACUUUGUAUUGUUGAAGGUUGAUUUAUGAGACAAAGACUGACAAGAAUCAUGACAAAAGUUGUGUUAGAAUGACAAUUUUGAAUUAAUAUCAAUUUAAGAAUUUGAAACAAUUGGUCAUCUCAGUUGUCUUUUCAUCUGCAGCCAUCUUUCAGCUAAUGUUGAUGUUUGAGUUUGAUGCUUUCAUAUAUAUGAGUGAAUUGCGUUAGAAUAACAUGUUUAAAAUGGUGUAAUCAUCUCCCUGUUUACAUCACCAAUUCUUGUAUCUAAAUAUUUCACUAUGUAAAUUACAAUGACUGCAACUUUCAUGUGUAUGCAUGGCUCUUUAGUUAUCCUGCUUUUAAGCCAAUAGUUUUCUGGAAAAUGGCUUAUGAUGAACUGCCGAAUCUGUUGUCAUGCUUUAUACAUGACUCCAAUGUUAGGAUUGAUAUACAAAUAUGGUGUUGAUGCUCAGUUUUAUUCUGUUUACAAUACCUAGCCCCAAAUUAUGGCUGACAACUGAUUCAGAGUGCUUAAAAAUGGGUUUUCAUCAGCUUCGUAUUAUAGUUGAUGAAGCUUAGCACUUAGAGAAGUCCAAACAUAAUUCAACCUGAUGUGGUAUACACUAUAUAAUGUACACCAUUUGUAACAUCCAUGUUUAGUCCCACAUCGGAAGUGAGCAAGAUUAAGAUUGACUUAUAAGGGUCUGAUGAGUGUACUACUAUCAACUUCAGUUUAAGCAUUUUAGGCAGUGGUUUAGACCAAACGAAGUUAAUAGGCUAGUUAGCUCAUCAGGCUCGGGCCAUGACAUUUGGUAUCAGAGUCGGCCUAGUAUUUGGGCAUGGUGAGGGGGCUCAAGUAGAAAAGGAUUAUCCGUGGAUGAAGUCAGAGGACUCGUCAUGGCGUGGAGCCACCAUUGAGCUACGCUUCAUAUGCACUAUGUUAGAGUUUGAUAUGGGUUAUGCUGAGUCUUGACGAGGACAGUGGUUUAGACCAAACGAAGUUAAUAGGUCAAUUAGCCCAUCAGGCCCGGGUCAUGACACCAUCUCUAUAUUUUUUUCCUUGUGCAACUAUCAUUUACUGAUUAUGAUAUUUAUAUGGAUCUUUUUUUUUUCUUUUUCGAGCAUGUUAAGAUUCAAUUGUGUUUGAUUUGAUCGUAUAUAAAUGUAAACUGUAUCUGGUUUAUUUUAAGUGUUUAAGGGCACUAAACUGCUUAUUAAUUAAUAUUAUAUAUAAAGUAUUUAUAUCAAUCUCUGAUUUGAGUUUUAGUUAAUGUUCAAUUAAGCUUAAUUUUGGUGUAUUCUGAUGUAAGCUGAAACAAAUUUGGUCUGUUUUGACUUUCAGCUGUUUGUGUCCCUUUCUAUAUUAGUUUUUUCACUUGUGAUUUGUUGUAUAGCAAUAAGCAUCAAAGGAAAAUAUAGUUUCUCCAGGUUUGGAUUGUCCUAUCAGCCUAUUUACAUCUAUGUAAUGAUAAAAAGUCCAUCCUGUGCACUGUGAAUCAUGAACACUCACUUCUAAGGUAAAGUUAGCAAUAUUUGUUAUUAAUCACUAUUCGUAGUUUUUUGUAUAUAAACUUGGAGAAGUUGUGCAAUAACUUCUUCAGUUGCAGAAGUUUAUAAUGAAAACAUUUUGGGAAUCUAUCUGUUCAAGAUUUGGUUCCAGAUUCUGCUGGAAUUGUACUCUUGGACAAGCUUCCAGCACAUUGGGGUUAUUCUCUUCUAAUUUAAUCGUUAAAUAACUGAUCAGAAAUCAUGAUUAUAAGUGUUGACAUCUGUGGGACAAUGAAAAAUAUUUCACUAGUUCGUUUUCAUGGCACCUAAAUUGUCCUCUAAGGUGCUGAUUUAUUAGUUGCAAUCAGGUAUGUCUUCGAACUCUCUAGUAAUACAGCUGCUGUUGCAAGUUAUGAUGUAAUUACAUCCUGGAAGUUAAUAUCUAACUGAUCAAGCUUCUCAGUUUCAUACUUUUUGUGGUUCUGUUAGAAGCUUUUUCACAAAGGAGUUCCAUAGUCAGAUCUCAUGGUUCUGAAUCUUCGGUUCGCGGUGGAUUAAUCUCUGUUCACUUUCACAAGAAUGCUUCAGUAAAUCACCUUAAUAUGUCUUCCUCAGGAUACCCAAG